UCACACCCAUCCAGUGGCUCUCCGGUCAGACCCGCUCCCUGUGGUUCAGCUCCCUCUCAUCCAGCAGCAAUCAUGCCUUCACACACCGCCGCCAGCAUGUUCGGUGGAGCCGGGGGAAGGGGCUCCAGGGUGUCCGUGGCGAGCCUGAUGGGGCUGCGCAAUGUGCUGCGCAACGAGACGGACAGAGACUCCGCUCCGGCGGCACACGCAGAGCCCCCCGCGGAUGCGGCCGCACCUGCCGAGCCCCCCGCGGGCGACAAGCAUACCCUGCGGAGUCUGAACGACCGACUGUCCGGCUACCUGCUCCGGGCGAGACAGCUGGAGAAGGAAAACCAGGACCUGGAGAACGAGAUCGAUGGGAUUCUGGCCAAGAGGAAAACACUCGAGGUGCGCGACUGGAAUGAGGUCGAGAAACCUCUGGACAACCUCAACAAGCAGAUCAAAGACAUCGCCAUGGACAACGCCAAGCUGCUGCUCCAGAUUGGAAACAACAACCUGGCGAAUGAAGACUUCAAGAAAAAGCUGGACGAUGAGAAGAAGGCAGGGAAAGAAUUAGAAAAAGACCUGCAGGAUCUGAAGAAUACCAGGGAGGACAGCAAUCUGAACAACACGCAGAUCAAGAGAGAGAUCGAUCUGGUAAAGGAGGACCUCGCUCGUCUGGAGCAGGAGCACAAAGAGGAGGUGGACGUCCUGCUGGAGAAGGUCAAGGACUCCGAGGUGAAGGUGGAGAUGGAGUCUCGGAGCUCCGACCUGGGCGAGGUGGUCAACAAGAUCCGAUACCAGUACGACAAGCUCGCCAAGAAGAACCUGGAGGACACCGAGGAGUGGUACCAGAACAAGUUUGAAAACAUCAAGGUGGCGGAGGCCCAAAAUAACGAGCACCUGGAGUCUGGAAAGUCGGAGCUCAAGGGACUGCACGUGGAGAAAAGAGCUCUGGAAAUUAAGCUGCAGGGUUUUCUAAGCAAGAUCUACAAUCUGGAGGAGGCCCUGAACCGCUCCAAGGUGGAGCACGGCCAGCGCCUGGGGCCCCUCAACCAGACGAUACUGCACCUGGAGGCGGAGCUGAAGGAGUUGAGGGCCCAGGUGGAGCGCCACGCGGAAAACAACAGGAAUCUGCUGUGUGUGAAGAUGAAGCUGGAGGCGGAAAUGGAUAACUACCAGCGGCUGAUGCAGGGCAUAACCGCCGAGGCCGAAAGCUUGGACUUUUCUUUAGAAGAUGCGCUGCACAGCGGCCAACAAAAGCCUGACGAUGAGGUGCCCAAGCAGCGGAGACGAGUGGAGGACGAAGCCCCCGUGAAGAGAGGCGAAUCCACUCCCCCCAAAGGAGACCUCGUGCAGGACGAGAAGGUUGCUGUCAACAACGCAGCAGCUCCAGCUGCACCGAGCAAAAAUAAGAAAGAUUCGUCCUCGUCUUCCUCCUCUGAGAAUGAAGAUGAAAAGCCCAAGAAAGAGGAGGAAGUGGCCAAAACCUGAUCUUCAAAAGCUUUUCUGUCACCAUCAUGUCAAACUGUUCAACCUGUAAAGGUGCUAUGAGGUCACCGGUAAAUAAAUGUUUGAUUUAAAAA